AUGGCGGCUCUCCCCGGCACAGUACCGAGAAUGAUGAGACCCGCUCCAGGACAGAACUACCCUCGGACCGGAUUUCCCUUGGAAGUGUCCACCCCACUUGGCCAAGGUCGUGUGAAUCAGCUUGGCGGGGUCUUCAUCAACGGCAGGCCCCUACCCAACCACAUCCGCCACAAGAUCGUGGAGAUGGCCCACCACGGUAUCCGGCCCUGCGUCAUCUCUCGCCAGCUCCGUGUCUCCCACGGCUGUGUCUCCAAAAUCCUAUGCCGCUACCAGGAGACUGGCUCCAUCCGGCCUGGGGCCAUCGGUGGCAGUAAGCCCAGGCAGGUAGCCACUCCAGACGUGGAGAAGAAAAUAGAGGAAUACAAAAGAGAAAACCCUGGGAUGUUUAGCUGGGAAAUCCGCGAUCGGCUGCUCAAGGAUGGACACUGUGACCGGAGCACGGUUCCCUCAGGUUUAGUGAGUUCGAUUAGCCGUGUGCUCAGAAUCAAAUUCGGGAAGAAAGAGGAAGAAGAUGAGUGUGACAAGAAGGAGGAGGACGGCGAGAAGAAGGCUAAACACAGCAUCGACGGUAUCCUGGGCGACAAAGGGAACCGGCUGGACGAAGGUUCUGAUGUGGAGUCGGAGCCUGACCUCCCGCUGAAGCGGAAACAGCGCCGUAGCCGGACCACCUUCACGGCCGAGCAGCUGGAGGAGCUGGAGAAGGCUUUUGAGAGAACCCACUACCCUGACAUCUACACCCGGGAGGAGCUGGCCCAAAGGACCAAGCUGACCGAGGCCCGGGUCCAGGUGUGGUUCAGUAACCGCAGGGCACGGUGGCGUAAGCAGGCAGGCGCCAAUCAGCUUGCAGCAUUCAACCACCUUCUCCCAGGAGGCUUCCCACCUACAGGCAUGCCCACGAUCCCCCCGUAUCAACUGCCGGACUCCACCUACCCCAGUACCACCAUUUCCCAAGAUGGGGGAAGCACAGUGCACCGGCCCCAGCCCCUCCCGCCGUCCACCAUGCACCAAGGGGGCCUGGCUGCAGCUGCCGCAGCCGCUGACACCAGCUCUGCCUAUGGGGCCCGCCACAGCUUCUCCAGCUACUCAGACAGCUUCAUGAACCCGGCAGCCCCCACCAACCACAUGAAUGCCGUCAGCAGCGGGCUAUCUCCCCAGGUGAUGAGCAUCCUGAGCAACCCAAGUGGGGUACCCCCCCAGCCACAGGCCGACUUCUCCAUCUCCCCACUGCAUGGGGGUCUGGAUACCGCCAACUCCAUCUCAGCCAGCUGCAGCCAGCGCAGUGAUUCUAUCAAGUCGGUGGACAGCCUCCCCACUUCGCAGUCCUACUGCCCCCCCACCUACAGCACCACUGGCUACAGUGUGGACCCUGUGGCUGGCUACCAGUAUGGCCAGUAUGGACAGACUGCUGUCGACUAUCUGGCAAAGAACGUGAGCCUGUCCACACAACGUCGGAUGAAAUUGGGCGAGCACUCAGCUGUGCUGGGGCUCCUGCCUGUGGAAACGGGUCAAGCAUACUAA